AUGAAUCACAAUUACGGAACCUUUGUGGCGCACUGCGAACGAGAUCGAGCUCCAGUACAUGUGGAUAGAGUCUAUAAUCUUGCCCGACUGGGAUAUUACAGUGACAAUUAUUUCUUUCGCGUGCUGCCCAAGUUUGUGGCCCAGUUUGGAACAUCCGGUGAUCCCUACCUCAGCAACAUUUACAACUAUACUACUACUACUAGGUCCACGACCAAUUCAGACUGUGCGAUACUCAAACCACAACCACCAUUCAUGCCAUAUUGCAUGGGAGGGGAGGAAGCCAAAGAACCCAUUCAAAGUUUAUUUGCCAGACUCGUCAGAAGUGUCCUACUAUUGGCUAAUAAUAAUAAUAAUAAUAGUGACAACGAUGAUGAGACACUCCUACUACACGAGAAGAAUAAGAAUAAGCCCAUGACGAUUGUUCAGCCAACACAAACGACCAGUGACAAAAAUAAUUGUACCAAGGUCAAUUCUCUUUCCAAUACAUUUGGUACGAUAUCCAUGUCCACUAGCUACAACAAGGACUUGCCCGGAUAUCCAGAAGGAGUGACCUGGAAUGCUACGGCCGAGCUCUUUAUCAAUUUGGCCGACAACCAACGACUCGACCAGCACUUGUUUGUUCCGAUUUGUACCGUGGAACAAAUGGACACUGUGGUCAAGUUUCCAUCCUUUGGUGAAGUGUCGGAUCUGGGAGGUCCCGGUCCUAGUCUAGGCCUAUUGUAUGAACAAGGCAAUGCAUACAUUGAAUCCAACAGUGAAUGGAAGUCCGAGAUGGCCAAGGUGGAACGAGUGACGAUAUGUGACGAAUGA